AUGGCAGUAAAUAUUAAGACGGAAAAGGAAGGACAAAUAAAUAACACCAUCAUUCGUCAAACUCGUUCUCUAUCAUCAUCAUUUGAUGAAAUUAUGGUCGAUGGCGCUUUUGAUAUUUUCUUAAGUCAAACAUCAAAUGGAAUUUCUACUCCAACUGUUGAAAUUGAAACAACUGUUGAUGCUCAAAAUCAUGUUAUUGUUGAAAUUGUUGAUAAUCAUAUUCUGUCAAUUCAUAUUAAAGGUCCAUUAAAGGUUGAUAAUAAUAUCUAUGCUUAUAUUCGAUUUAAUUCUCCAUUACGUCGUUAUACCAUUAGAGGUUCUGGUAAUACAAUAACAGAUGAUAAUGGAAUAUCAAAUGAUGGCAAUGAUACAUUUGUAUUGGAUAAUCGAGGUACAGCUAAUGUUGCUAUUCAAUUAAAUGUUAAUAAACUUGAAGUUUAUUUUACUGGAACUGGCAAUAGUCGUUUCUCAGGACAAGUUCGACAACAAGCAAUAUUCGAUGCUACAGGAAUCGGUGAUAUUACUGCAUUAGAUUUAAUAACUAAACAAGUUAAAGUACGAGCAAUGGGAAUAAGUAUAAUACGAGUGGCAGCUACAGAUGAUGUUGAAAUUGAAGUAACUGGUGUUUCAAGUGUUUAUUAUCGAUUACCUUUUGGAAAAAAACCAAGUACAGCUAUUUCAACUGGACUUGGAAAAAUUGCACCUAUUCCUUAA